UUCUCUGCGGCCAACGGGAAAACCACAGUGACAAGAAGUGGGACGGAGUUUUCCACCAAGUGGAAACCAGCUACACAACUACAGUGAAGUACGGUACGGAGCCGAUCUCCAGAGAGUGCGAGUGGGAAAACGGACAGAAGGAAAACUGAAAGUGCUAGGCAAAGUUGAGUUAGGAUUCGAUUGACACCACCAGAGUUCAGUCGAUAGUGAACGAUCGCGUCAGCAACAGCUAGCCCAAGUGCAGUGUAAUUCGAGCCCCAGAGCUCGACUCGACAUCGUUUAGUAUUGUCCAGUGAUCGAAAGUCCAUCGGAAAGAGUUAACCAUGGAUGAUCUCACCCCAGAGCAGAUUGCCAUUCUCCAGAAGGCGUUCAACAGCUUCGAUCGCGAGAAAACUGGCAGCAUCUCAUCCGACAUGGUGGCGGAAAUUCUGCGGCUGAUGGGACAACCCUUCAACAGCAAAAUCCUCGAGGAAAUGAUCGAGGAGGUCGAUGAAGAUAAAUCGGGACAAAUUGAGUUUGCAGAGUUCGUGACCCUUGCCGCUAAGUUCAUCGUAGAAGAAGACGAAGAGGCACUUCAGAAAGAACUGCGAGAAGCGUUCCGCUUGUAUGACAAGGAGGGUAACGGGUUCAUUCCGACCACUUGUCUGCGGGAGAUCCUGCGCGAGCUGGACGAUCAGCUCACCGAUGAGGAUCUCGACAUGAUGAUCGAGGAAAUCGACUCCGAUGGUUCGGGAACGGUUGACUUCGACGAGUUCAUGGAAAUGAUGACCGGCUAAAUUGGGCGUGCCAAGACGAGCUCGUCAACGCAGCAAUCAACGCCGGUUUCGCUCAUCACCAUCACCGACCUCAUCUGCGGCACCCGUCACCACCUCGUAUUUAUUGCCGAAACCCUCCUACAUCUCUCCUACUUCUAUCCGGUUGAACUCUACACGCAGCUUCGAGCGGAGGUCUUCAUCCAGCCUUACAAGAUUUAGUUUCCCUAGCUCCCUCCACGAUCCAAAUUCAUCCCAAUCAUGCGCAUCGCUAGUGUGUCCCUUGGGGGAUGUAAUUUUCGAUUCAUUGUUUUCACUGGUAAACCGUAACAAAACAAUAUUCUUGUACUAUGAUACUUCUUUUUCACUAGCACAGCGAAGCGUAACAUAUUCUUAAAUUAAGAAUGGGUCACUGCACUGAUACGUGCUGUCCUUCGAGCACAUAUCAAUCCUUCAAUAUCAAAAAUAUGUAUGAAAGCAUUCAGAUUUCAGAUAGCAAAACAGUAGCAAUCGAAUGAUUUGCGACUAGCAAACGACCAAAUCGUCAGCCAGCAUUGCCUAGCAAUACCGACUGAAUUUUCAAUUUUGUCCCGCCAGACUCAGUGAAGCCGUUCCAUUUGGUUUGGCUCGAUUACUCGAAGAACAUCUACAUUAGUGAUCGUUUCAAUGCUAUAUGAAUCCGAUACUGUUUCUUUCUGUACUGUAUUAUUAAUAUUUAAUAAAAUUACUUUAAUAAAAUG